AUGACUACUUUCACCUACACAGGAGACACAGUACCACCAAUAAUCACGAACUGUCCCACAGAUCAGUUCGCUACCCUGCCUGCUGGAUCCCCAUCUGUGGCAGUAUCUUGGAUAGAGCCAACAGCUACAGACAACCUUGGGACUCCAUUGCUGUUCUCCAACUUCAACCCUGGUGACUCGUUUCCCUUGGGUUCUCGCACCGUAGCGUACACAGCAAGAGAUUCUAGUGGGCUUGAGGCUUUCUGCUCUUUCAAUGUCGUUGUCAGUGGUACAACAACCACAGGGGACACUACAUCUCCCGUGUUUGUGACCUGCCCAUCAUCUCAAACCAUUACUGUAAGCCAAGGUCAGACUUCAACCACCGCAGUAUGGACAACACCUACAGCAACGGACAAUGCUGGAGUACCAACGGUCAUCCAGACCGCUGGACCAGGGCCUGGCGGUGUCUUCAGCCUAGGCAGUACACCCGUGACCUACACGGCUCGAGAUGGAGCUGGCUUGGAAGAGACCUGUGUCUUCAAUAUCAUUGUCACCAUGCAAGGUGGUGGUACUACACAGGACAACAUUCCACCUGUCAUCAGCGGCUGUGAUGAGUCGGUGUCGGCCGUUUCAAAUGGCGAGGUCGUUCCAGUCAGCUGGAAUGUGCCAACUGCCACCGACAACGGUGUAGAGAUAUCCCCAUCCAGCACACCUCCAUUUUCAUCCAUAUUCGUCCCACCUGGAGAUUACGGGCCAUUUAAUUAUGUUUUCACAGAUGCUGCAGGGAAUUCCGCAGCGUGUCCAAUCUUUGUCUCUGUUUCAGAUGGCUCUGAUACAAGCAGCCCAACCAUUCCUUCCUGUCCAAGCGAUGUUACUGUUAAUGCUGGCUCAAACCCCACUGCAACCGCCUCAUGGCAAGUGCCAACUGCCACUGACAUAGGCACUUCACCUCAAGAUCUUAGAAUCUGGUCAAGCCAUGAUCCCGGUGAUGGAUUUGGUGUUGGUUCCACUCCUGUACGCUAUAUCUUCAUUGAUCAACAAGGCAACUUUGCAAAUUGCAACUUCAAUGUGAUCGUAACUGGUCAGGGCGGAAGCGUUGACAGCACACCGCCACAAAUCUUUGGGUGUCCAUCGAACGUGGUGGUGCAGGCUCCUCCGGGUGCUUCUGCUACCCAGGCUUCUUGGACUGCACCAACUGCAUCUGAUGCUCAAGGAACGGCCAAUCUGGUCUCUACCUCCACCCCAGGAAGCACCUUCCCCCUGGGAGUCACGCCUGUCAUGUACACGGCAACGGACGGUGCAGGAUUACAGGAUGUAUGCACCUUCAAUGUCAUCGUGCAGCAGACAGGUUCUGGAGACAAUCAAAACCCUGUUAUAUCAGGAUGUCCCGGCACUCAGACCGCUUUCCUUCCGGCUGGUCAAAAUACAGUCUCUGUAUUCUGGACAGCACCAACAGCAACUGAUAAUGCAGGCACGCCGUCUCUGAUCCCAGAUAGGACUCCUGGUUCACAGUUCUCUUUAGGUCAGACCGUUGUUACCUAUACUGCAAGAGACAACUCUGGUAACACUGCUACCUGCAGUUUUGUAGUGAUCGUGACAAGCUCAGGUUCUGGAGACAAUCAAAACCCUGUUAUAUCAGGAUGUCCCGGCACUCAGACCGCUUUCCUUCCGGCUGGUCAAAAUACAGUCUCUGUAUUCUGGACAGCACCAACAGCAACUGAUAAUGCAGGCACGCCGUCUCUGAUCCCAGAUAGGACUCCUGGUUCACAGUUCUCUUUAGGUCAGACCGUUGUUACCUAUACUGCAAGAGACAACUCUGGCAACACUGCUACCUGCAGUUUUGUAGUGAUCGUGACAAGCCAAACCCCAACAGGCGAUACCACUCCUCCAGUUUUGUCCGGUUGCCCAGGGACGAUAACCCGCCAGGUGGCUGUGGGAACCCCCACAGCUGUGGCAUCCUGGACGCCACCAACUGCUACCGAUAAUCAGGGCACAGCCAACGUCAUAUCCAAUGGAUUCAACCCCGGGAGCUCUUUCCCAGUGGGUUCCACAACCGUGAUCUACACAGCCACAGAUCAAGCCGGCCUGCAGUCCAAAUGUGCCUUCAACGUCAUUGUUUCUUCCGGAGGAGGUGGAGCUGUAGUUGACGGGAUCCCGCCUUCAUUGACCAGUUGCACCAACGCAGCGUACGGUCAAUUGAAUACUGUAACCGGAUUUGCUCUUGUCUCAUGGGACCUACCCACCGCCACAGACAAUGGGAUGCCGAUAGAUUUUGACAGCGGAGUCACGUUCACAAAUGCUUUUUUCCCUGAAGGCCAGAAUGGUCCAUUCAUUUGGAGGUUCAGUGACAAUGCUGGGAAUGUGGUUGCUUGUGAGCUCUUCAUUUUUGUUGGAACUCAGGCUCGCACAGACUUGACUCCUCCGGCUGUUACCUCUUGCCCAAGUGACAUCAGUGCACAAUCUUUUGAUGGCGCUCUUGUCCCCGUCACAUGGACGACACCCACAGGUUUUAAAGCCGGCCAAGUAUUGGAAGUUUCGUCUACUCAUGAAUCUGGAGACCUCUUUGGGGUUGGAACAACUCCAGUGAGAUAUGCUUUCAUCGACAACCAGGCAAAUGUUGCCUACUGUGAUUUCAACGUCAUUGUAACCGGCACUGGUGCUCCGACCGAUACCAAUCCUCCAACGAUCUUUGGCUGCCCGUCGACUCUCAUUCUGACAGCUACAACAGGAGCAUCAGCCGCUGUAGCUGUAUGGACACCACCAACAGCAUCCGAUGCCGAGACGACUGCAGUCAUCACCGGUGAUGUGAACCCUGGCGUCUUGGUGCCUGUGGGUGGAACGCGUGUGGUCACAUACACGGCACAGGACCAAAAUGGCUUGGAAGAAGUCUGCACUUUCAAUAUCAUUGUGUCAGGAACUUCUCAAAAUCAAGCACCUCAGAUAUUCAAUUGCCCAACGUCUGCAUCAGGGGCCAUAUUUCCACCGUCAACCUCUGCUACUGUCAGUUGGACACCGCCCACUGCAAGCGAUGAUUCUGGCGUAACCACGCUGACCUCUACAGCGCAACCUGGCAGUCAGUUCUUCCUUGGUGUAACUACUGUUGUAUACACUGCCAGGGAUGCGGCAGGGCUGAUAGACACAUGCUCUUUUCCUGUCACUGUUACACAAGGUUCAUCUAACCAGCCACCUCAGUUCUUUGGCUGCCCACAGGAUAUGACUAGGAAUUUGCCCUCCGGGGUUGUCCAACUCUCUGUUUUCUGGACAGAACCAACAGCAACUGAUGACACCGGCACACCAACUGUGACAUCUACCCGGAGUCCUGGCAGUUCCUUCCCCGCUGGAACAACCACGGUCACAUACACUGCACGGGACUCAGCCGGGCUUACCGCAACCUGUUCCUUUGAUGUUAAUAUUAUAGGGCAAACUGAUACCAUUAAUCCAGUAAUAACUGGAUGCCCUUCCGGUGCGGACGGAACCCUCACCCCUGGACAGACCCUGGCUAUGAUCUUCUGGAAUGCACCCACUGCAUCAGAUAAUUCCGGAAUAGUCACACUUACCUCAAAUUACGUCCCACCUGCUUCAUUUCCACUGGGAAACACUCAAGUCACGUAUACUGCAACCGAUGCGAGGGGGAACACUGCUCAGUGUACCUUUACUGUGACCGUUCAAUUUCCAUCAACAGUUGACAGAACUCCACCAACUAUCAAUUGUCCUGCAACUAUAAUGGUUGUGGCCCCAAAUGGCCAAACUGUGCAGGUGAAUUGGAAUGUACCAGUGCCAAGUGAACAAGCUACUGUAGUGGCUAACAGAGCCCCGAAUUCGUUCUUUGAUGUCGGAGUGCAUACUGUUGUGUAUACUGCAACAGAUCCGUCAAACAAUGUUGGACAAUGUUCCUUUGAUGUAAUUGUUACAGCCAACGAUGGGAGAGUGGCUCCUGUCAUUCAAAACUGUCCGACUCAGGCGAUUGACUACGGUCUGUUUGAUAGUCCCAGUUGCCGUCCUCCGUACACUGAACCUACUUCAAGUCAGGCAGGCGUCACUGUCACUGUCUCUCCCCCUGGCACCUCACCGCUGACUAACUUUCAGAUCGGUAAUUAUCUGAUAGUCUACUCCUUCACCAACCCGCAAGGAUUACAGUCCGACUGCACCAUCAACCUUGCUGUUACCUCUGGUGCACACGUUUGCAGAUGCUUUCCAUGUGAAGCUGGUGUAUGCUAUUAUGACCCUAUAAGAGUGGGAGAGUUCUUUUGUAACACAGAACAAAGGAGGAGAAGAAAGAGGAAAGCACACUGGGAAGAAAUAGUUGAAGACACUCUUGAUUAUUCCUGCAUUUGUGAAAAUGGAGGUCGCUGCAUCAAGAUGCCCGAGGGAGAUGUAACCUGUGAUUGCCCACGGGGAUAUUCAGGUGUCCUCUGUCAAAAUGUUGAUACCGUGGAAGCUGCUUUUGUUCCUGCAGUGCUUCUUGAAGACCCAUGCUCCUCGUUCCCUUGUCUUCACAAUGGCACCUGUAUCGUCGAGAACCAGGAACUCUUCACCUGCUUCUGCCCACCAGACUGGACCGGACCUAACUGCGAGUCUUACUUUGAGAUACACCAUGACUUUGGUGGACAUGGUGGCCUACAGAGGGCUGGAGGCAGGUCCAACCUCAUCUAUUUGCCUACCGUAGCAGCGAUGAUCCUACUGGCUUUUGUCAUCGUAGUCCUCUCUUUCACUAUCUGUAGAAUCAUGCCCCAUGUUUCUAGUCAGACCAAGAACCGCCCGGAUGAAGUAGCACGAGUCAACUAAAUCCAUGAAGUGUUAUCUCAUAGUUUAGAAAUUAUGCAUGAUAGGUUUAAACAAGGAUGAGAAUGCAAGGCUUGUACCACUUGAAGCCCUGUAUCAGGCCUUUUGAAAAAAUAAUAAUGGAAGUCAUGUAUCCAGGGUUAUUUCUAUAUAGGAUGUUGAAGUUUUGUUCUUGUAUAUGUAAGCCUAUGGGAAAUAAUAUUUUCUCCUAAUAAAAAAAUCCAGAGGUGUAGCAUACUUAACAAUGUGUUUUUAGUAUCAUUAUUAAAUUAUUAAAUAUAGUAUCAUUAUUAAAUGAGAAAAAAUGUAGAAAUGCAAAUCACUUUCAUUGAAUUGAGAAAUUCACCAUUCAAUUCGAACAUACCCAGCAUAGCCAACAAAAUAUGUUGUGUAAAUGUAUUUGAUAGUCAACAGUCGUUUAGAUAAUAAUCAUUAUUCACUUUUAAAAUGGCUAUCAUUGACCAUGUUUCAUGAAACUUGUUAUGGAUAAGAAUUUCUAGAAUUAAUGAAAAAUUUGGUCUCAAUCUAUCAAUUUGCACUGUUGUAACAGUAGCUUCUCCCUUGUCAUUUGUAAUAGGUUCUAUGAAUCAGAGCUCAUAUUUGAUAAGUCAUACUAAACUGAUGUCCUUCACUAACAUUGAAUCCACAAUUUGUUCAUGUAUUGGCUGCAUGAGACAUGAGUGGUAAUGAGAGAUUGUAAAUCGUACAUGAUUAUGACGAUUUUUGCUUUCAUCUUUAGACCAAAAAAAAUCAAAUCAAAUUUGAGUUUUGAAUUAUUUUGUGUCAUUUAUUGUGGAUUUUUAUUAAAAAACGGUUGUGUACUGAAAGCAAGCAACAUUUAUAUUAAAUACAAAGCACACCUUAUAUGUUGUCAAAUUGUUUUUGCACCUGCAUAGUAGUUGUCCUCAGUAUUUAGCUGUUAUGUUUUCUUGUGAAAAAAAAUUACCCUUCAUUUAUUUUUACUCAUUAAUAUUGUAUUAAUACUAAAGUAAGUGGAGAUAUUUUCUUAUUUUGAAUUAAUCCAGUACUAAAGAUUUGUUUUUCAUAGAUUGUUUCAAUCUGCCUGUACUUUGUAAGUGACAAGCAUAUUUAUAUGUUUAAGUGCUUUAGAUUUUUCAUGAUUUCUUAGUGUUGUUUUGCAUAUGUGUAAUUGUAUUGUAAUAUUAUCAGGCAUAUGUGCAUCUCAUGAAGAAUGAAACAUGUGAUUAUAAAAAAAACAUAUUUCCAUUCUGAUUUGAUCAUGAUCGUUGCAGCAUGAACAUGUAUAAACAAGAUUUGAAGUAGUCUGAAUUACAUGUCUUAUUCUAUUUUGGGGGCCUCUUAUAUUAAGAAAAGCACUUUUGUCACUCUUUCAUAGUUCUUUGAAUCCAUAUUGGUGUAUUAUUAUAAUGUAGAUGUGACAAAUAUUGAAAAUAUUUUAGUGUGUUUGAUAUGUAUAUGAUUCUGGACAAAUUAAAAUCUGUGAUAAAAUUUGUUCAACUUUAAAAACGAGGAUGUACAAUGUCUUUAAAAUUGCAUUUAUAUUCAUUUGUAUUCAUUCCAGAGAAUAGUUCAUUCAUUAGAAAAAAUAGGUACUUAAAGCUGUUUAAUAUUGGAUAUAUUAUUCCCUAUUUGAAUCAAUAUUCUUAAGUAAUUUUGGUGAGAAUUCGAAACCUUGGUGUUUAAAGGGACACAUUUAUCAAAAAGUAAAAUGAAAUACAUUUCCCUAAUUAUAUGUGAAUUAUAAGCAUUCUUUCAUAACUUUGUGCAAGUACUUUCUGAAAUUAUUAGGGCAAUCAUAAUCAUGUGUCUUUCCUACAUUUUAUUCCUAAUAUAUACUAUAAUGGUGGAAAAAUCUGUCUUUUUAAUUGGUUUAUAAUAAAGCAAUGCCGCUUUGGAAGCGA